AUGGACGAAGACGAAGACGAAGACGAGGAUGAGGGCGAGGAUGGGGACGCAGAGGCCGAGGAAGCCCAUACAAACACAGCUGGAUUCUCGGACGUCCACGAUAGUGACGAAUAUGAUCUUUCGUCGCUCCACUCCCAGGAACUUCAGGAGAAGUUCGCCGAGAUGUACACAAUCCUGCAGCAGCUAAAAGCACAGAACCUGCUCCCCGCCAUAGAAUGGGCCCGUUCAAACUCGGCUGAGCUCGAAGCCCGCGGCAGCAACCUCGAGUUCGAGCUUUCCAAGCUUCAAUACGUCUGGCUCUUCAAAGGCCCUUCCGUCAACAACCUCCCCGACGACGAAAACAAUGGACGUCGGGGUGCGCUUGCCUAUGCUCGCCAGCAUUUUGGCCGCUUCCAAGCCCGCCAUCUGCGCGAGAUCCAACAGCUCGCGUCGGCCAUGGUCUUCGCCCCCAACCUCCCGGAUUCUCCCUACCACCUGACCUUUGCCUCUGUCUCCACAGCCUUUACCGACGUCGCUGCCUCUUUCACUCGCGAGUUUUGCAGCCUGCUCGGCCUGUCAGCAGAAUCGCCCCUCUACCUCGCCGUCACUGCCGGCGCCCUGGCCCUGCCCCGGCUCAUGAAGUUCAUGCUUGCCACUCGCUCCAAGGGCACCGAAUGGACCACCACGCAGGAACUACCGUUUGAGACACCGCUCCCCCAGAGCAUGCUGUUCCACAGCAUCUUCGUCUGCCCCGUGUCCAAGGAGCAGACGACCGAGGACAACCCGCCCAUGGGUGGCGCGGACUCGACGGGCGGAAGGAGGGUUGGACGCCGCGCGGGACUGGGGCAUGACGGUGCCUACGACGACGGGGCCCAUCAGCAGGGCCCCGCGCCUGGCUCGGGAGAUGUGGACGUCUCUCUCGCGCUUGUCAUCGACCGGGUAUUUGACGGCCUCUUUCAGGAUGCCGACUCUCCCCGGCCCCUGGAGAGUUUCCUUCAGCCUGGCGGCGAGCUGCUAAACGCAGUCUCGGGAGCGGCGACGUCGCUACCUGAUCCUGAAACGCUGCAUGGCGUCUACAACACAUUGGACUCGUGGGACGCGUUCUUUGCUUACCAGCAGGCAGUCGGGGCAGGGGAGAGGCCGGUGCACUCUGAUCCGGAACGGCACCACAGCCCGGGGGAGAUGAGGGGUUACAGGGACAGCGAGGAACUUGGUGUCUUCGAGGAGGCGGAGACGGACAGGGAGCGUGAUCCGAUAGAUUCGGCGGUCACCGACGGGGUGCGGUUUCUACACCUGGGGGUUGGCUGGGGGGAGGGGGACGUGAUUGAGGCGGACGUCGACGGCCUGGACGCUGUGCCCCAUGAGGAGUUCCGGAUUCGGUAUGUGGAGGAUGGGGCUACGCUAUCGGAAUGGGGAUCGGAAUCGGACUCGGAGUCGGAAUAG